UCAUAUUUCAUUUGGUUAUGACCGCGUUAAUCAUGCCCGAUAAUUUAAAACUUGACCCAUCUAUGAACACGCGCGCUGAACACAACCCUUUCCGUAAACGUCACAUUGGCGGGAAGUAGUAGCUAGUUUGUCAAACCGUUUAUAUAGUUACUGUCUAUGGUCAAACCGAACUGUCUCACUUUUAUCCAGACGGAAAUAUAAAACAACCGUUAACGUUUCAUGCAAGAUGUCUACUUCAUCUGUGUCCAAGGGCUGCUUUGUUUUUAAGCCAAGUGCAAAGAAGAAAAAGACACUCAGUUUGGCGGAUUAUUUCAUCCAUGGCUGUGAAGGUGCUGAGAACAGUGAAAAACGAUUCAAACUUUGUCAGGAUCUAUGGGACCAAAUUAAAACGGACACAGAGGUUUUACAGGAUGAGCUCAACAGGAACAUCUUGGACAGCUUGCUGGACUUCACGAGGAAGUGCUCAACCACUCGCCAACACAGUGACUGGGCAUCACAGAUGAGGGCCAGUGAGAUUCCCACAGCGGCUCUUGUGCUUGGUGUGAAUGUCCCGGACCAUGACAUGACCUUCCAGAGUCUGUCUGACCUGCUCCAGCAGUCUGUUACUCCUCACGUGGCCUCUGUACAGGCCAAAGAGUGCGGAGCAUUGAAGCAUUUGAUGAAGAGGGUCCUGGAGAGGUUGAUGGGCAAAGCUGUGACUGUGGAUGAUGAGGAAGAGGAGGAGGCUGAGCAGACCAGUGCUCCGCUCCACAAGAGCGUGCACUGCUCACUCAGUACACUCUGUGAUUGGUACAAUACAAAAACAAAGAAAUCCAACACUGGUACUCCUGGAAAGAAACGUAGUUCUCCUGUCAGAGACGGUCCGCAGCAGCCUCCCGUUGUAAUUAUUUUCAAAGAUUUAGAGGCUUUCAACCCUAGAGUUCUUCAGGAUUUCAUACUCAUCUGCAGCCGGUACAUUGAACGUCUUCCCCUGAUGUUCAUCUUCGGUAUCGCCACGUCACCCAGCACCAUCCAACACAUGCUGCCCCACUCUGUGUCCUCCCUGCUGUGUAUAGAGCUCUUCCAGUCCCUCUCCUGUACACAGCACCUGGCCACAGUCAUAGACAAGUUGAUCCUGACAAAGCAGUUCCCUUUUAAGCUCAACGGUAAAGUGAUGCAGGUGCUGAUCAGCAUCUUCCUCUACCAUGACUUCUCAGUGAGAAAGUUUAUCAAGGGCAUUCAGCUGGCCCUGCUGGAGCACUUUCACUCUCAGCCUCUCAGUGUGCUGUGCUGUAAGAAGAAGGAUGCCCUGCUUAAUGUGAUGCAGCUCGAUCACCUCGACUUGGAGAGGAUUAGGGACCUGCUGUCGUUCAAGAGGUAUUUAGAGAAGCAGGAACCUCAGGAACAAGUGGAUCUGUUGAAGGAUGACACUCAUUUAAAGGAGGUGUGUCAAAAGCUGAUAAAAGACCUUCACAAAUAUCACAAGAACUAUUAUCCCAUCCUGAGGUGUCUCCACACUCUGACCUCAUCCUUACCUCGGUACCCCCUCGGAAAACAGAUCAGAGAGCUCCAUUUAAUAUGUCUGGAGAAGAACGUAUGGGAGAGUGAGGAUUACCAGUCAGCCAUGAAGCUUCUGAAGAUGCUGGCUAAAGAUGAGCUGAUUGCUUUGCUACAGAGAUGUGCGGAGAUUCUGCAGCCUGCCAAGUCAAAGAAGAUAAAGAGCGCUCUUGUCCAGUUGGAAGACAUAAUCGCCAAAUUUAAGCAGUUGGACACAGUAGCUGCUGAACCUCCCCCCACUGUGGAAGACAGUAUCACCUCCCCACUAAAGCAUCUUCAAAAGAAAACUGAUCUGGCCCAACUGCAGAAGACGCUGCUGGAGAUGAACGAAUCUCGGAGAUCCAAGAAACUGAGUCCGUUCGAGGUUCUGCGAAAUGAAGCCCUUGAGUUCAUUGACAGCUUAGUGAAGAGUCACCUGUCUCCCCCAGAGUCUCAGAUACUGAAUGAAGUUUGCUACUACGCUUCUUCUGCCACUGUGCGACGCCACCUCAACGCAACACCUCGCACCUCCAUUCAGGCUGCACUCAACAGUCCCUUCUAUUAUCUUCAGAAUGACCGCCUAAAGACUGAGGAUGGGACGGUCUCUAAUGCCGCACCUGAUAUCUGCAUCGUGUACAAACUCCAUCUGGAGUGCGGCAGGCUGAUUAACCUUUACGACUGGCUGGAAGCCUAUGCCACUGUGGUUUCUGCUGCUGAGGGUAACGAUCCAGAUUCUGACAAUUUCGGGAAAGUGGAUGAGGUCAAACACGCUCGUUUCAUCCGAGCUGUGUCAGAGCUCGAAUUUCUGGGCUUCAUAAAGUCCACCAAGCAGAAGACUGACCAUGUGGCUCGACUCACCUGGGGAGGCUGCUGACCGAACCCAAAAAGAAACCAUGCACACGUCUUUAACGUACACCCGUGGCUGCAGUCUCCCUUCAUUUAAGCUCUUAUCGAACUUAACUUGGAUUGAUAUUUUGUACUGCAUUUUCCCCUUCUAAUAAAACGUAUGGCAGUAGCGUCUGAUAAUCAGGGUGCCGUACACGUUUUUAUUCUUAGCUGCGCAAUGAGCAAAACCCAUUGUACCUUUUAGAGAUAGUAUAAACAUAUCAGACACUGGAUGUUCAACAAAACAGUACAAGUAUCUGAAGUGAUAAGAUUCUCUAGAAACUUAUCUUGGUAUGGUUGAGCCAAUAUGUUCCUAUACUGCAGGCACAGCAUAAGUAUAGUAUGCAUAGUAUACCGUUCAUUGAUAACCGGUGUAAGAUAUAACUACCAUAGAAAUGAAAUGUCUAACAUGCAUCAAAACAACUUAGAAGAUUUUUAUUGUUUUUUCCCCAAUAAGUACAUUGGUUUCAAAGUAAUACCGGCAAAACAAAAGUCAAAAUAAAUAAAACACUGGUAGGAGAAAAAAAAAAAAAAAUUUCAUUGAUCAAUAAUCAAAUUAGCCCAUUUUUUAAAAGCAAUGAACAUGAACUGCAAACAUAUUCUCUGUUCUGCUGUGUUUCUUCCACUGCCUCUCAGAUUGACCAGCAAACCUUAAGUAAAACUCUUGCACUGCUUUAUCAUAUUUACAUGUAACAAACAAAACGAGUGACAAAGCCUGGAAUGCUGGGAAUCAUUACAAAAGUGAGAUAACUGUAGAUACACGUACAGCAGGAGGAACAUAGGCCACUGGUAGAGAAAGGAUCCAUUCAUUUACAUAAGGAAGCACCUAGUUGCUUACAACAGAGAGGUAACUGACAACAGCUUUAUAUAGAAACCUUUGCCCAAAGACAGAAAUAUGGCACAGUAAGAAAAGUUUCAUUUAAACUAGCUAAACUGAAUCUCUUAAUGAGGUUUUUCUUCUUCUUUCUUGAGAUAUCACAUGAUAGCUUGCAGCCAGAGAAGGCAGUCUUGCAAAGAUUUCUGGGCCACACUCAGGAAACAUCUGGAGAAGAGGGAGAUAAAACAAAAAUACAGAAACCAGACUUGUUACUUUAAACUUCAAAAGGCAGAGCAAAAACCAAGAUCCAAUACUUUUGCACAGAGUAUUGCCAGUGAGACAGGAAUGUGGAGGAAAUAACUCACAGCUUGCUGGUUGCUCCCCGAAUCGUCGCAUUAACUGAUCAUGUGUGAACUUCACAAAGGUGUCAUAUUGUUCUGAAAUGUUACAGGACAGGAAAUGAGAAUUACUAUUGUACAACUCAACGUAAAACAUUGUGCAUUAGUCUUUUAUAUUAUCAUUUUCCCAGAGACUUGUCUUUUAACUAUGGUACAGAUCACAAACUUACUAAAAUAAAUACUACUAAAAACAUA